AUGGCAGAAGGCAUAUCGAGCUUUUGGGGGCCUGUAACAUCCGCAGAAUGGUGUGAAAAAAAUUAUGUCCAUUCAUCCUAUAUUGCCGAGUUUUUCAACACCAUAUCAAAUAUCCCAGGCAUUCUUUUGGCACUCAUCGGCCUUAUAAAUGCUUUCAGACAACGGUUUGAGAAAAGGUUUAGCGUACUUCACAUAUCUAAUAUGAUACUCACCAUUGGAAGUAUGCUAUACCAUGCCUCUUUGCAAUGCAUGCAGCAGCAAGGUGAUGAAACACCAAUGGUGUGGGAAAUGCUUUUGUAUUUCUACAUCCUCUACUCACCGGAUUGGCACUACCGAAGUACAAUGCCCAUCUUCUUGUUCUUGUACGGAGCUGCAUUUGCGAUUGCCCAUGCAUGGGUCCAUUUUGGAAUUGGCUUCAAGGUACAUUAUGCGAUACUUUGCCUUCUUUGUGUUCCCCGGAUGUACAAAUACUACAUCUACACAAAUGAUGCAUCUGCAAAGCGGCUCGCAAAACUAUAUUUGGCUACCAUUUUCACAGGAAGUCUUUGUUGGCUUUUUGAUCGCCUUUUCUGCAACGACAUUUCUCGGUGGUACUUCAACCCCGAGGGACAUGCUUUAUGGCAUGUCUUGAUGGGGUUCAAUUCAUACUUUGCAAACACUUUCCUGAUGUUUUGUCGUGCUCAGCAGUUGGGUUGGAAUCCAGAAGUUGCCCACUUCAUGGGAUUUUUCCCAUACGUGAAGAUUCAAAAACCGAAGACCCAGUGA